UAUCAGAAGCCGGGAAAUUUGAAAUUUUGCGCGCCAUUUGAUCAGGGUUCUAAUUAAUAUUAAUAUAUAUGAGACGGGAGAUACUCUUUAGUUUUGUAAAACCGGUUUUUAUUUGUCUGUACUUUACUAUACAGUACUGUACUAUAUCAAAAAAGAAUGGAUUAAGCAGGAAAUUAAAAGUGUCCACAUUGAAUAUUAAAAUUAAGCGAUCGGGACUAAAGAUUUUCCAAUUCAAGUUCCCAGCUCUGGAGAUUACUGACAAGAGGAGAACAAGCAUUAUUUAAUCUCGAGAUUAAGAAUAAGAGAGGAUCAAAUAUUGAUCAAAACAAAAGUUCCCAGCGUUGGCAUAUGUUAGUUGGAGAAAACGAGGUGCUAUCCUCCAUUAAAAAGAACUAAAGUUUGGGCAUUAAAGUGUUUUAAUUAUCUGUAAGCAGCAGAGUUUCAGGUUUCAGUUCAACUCUGCCUUAUCAGGUAAAUCAGGCAGUAUUGAGAACAAUCAGGCAGUAUUCAAGCAGCUGGUGAAAUCAAGGCACUGGUGAUUUGACAAACAAGGCAGUUUUCGUCGAAGAUAGUGAUAUAAAAACAAGUUUUUAGAUAAAUUGUAAAGUUUGAAACGAAUGUUACCCGAAAAGCUUCAAUGAACUAUAUUUCUCCGAAUAAUUCAGAUCCUAUGGAUCUAGAGAAGAAUGGAGUUAAAUAUGAAAUUCUGGAAUACAUGAAUGAGAAGAUAGAUUCUCCUCUGGAUGACCUAAUGUACGACCUGGUGGAUGAGCUCCUGGAUGAAUCAAAGGAUGACUCUGAGUAUGGCAGCUCGGAUGAGAGAAUGGAAAAUACAGACUUUUAUCUGACAGAGUUGACUCAAACUGAAGAAACUCAGUGUCCGGACCAGGGAUAUUUUUACGCAACUGUGAUACUCAGCGGUCUUUUAGGCUUAGCAAUCCUACUUCUCAUCCUUCUUAUCAUAUAUCAUUGGAGAAUACGCAGGCAGAUACCAGGCGGUAAAAAUGUGUCAAGAGCAGAGUCCUGGCGAUAUGAAUCAAAUAUUUAUAUAGAAAAGUUUAUUUGCUCAGCCAGACCUAAGGCUGUUGGUGGGGUACCUGUAUAUGAGGCUCCCCCUCUAGCUCCCCCUCUACAAAGGCAAUUGCUCGUGCGCAUUGCAAAGGGAUAUGAUCAAUUCCGCACACCACAAUUAUGGAAAAUGAUGAAGAUGAGACGGCAAUUUUUAUUUCUUAAUAACUAAUCUUAUAACAUUUAUUUGUUCGCUACAGCUGGCUAAUGCUGAUAAACGGCGGAACUAACUAAAACUAUUGAUAAAAAAAUAAACCUGGGCAACGCCGGAUACUCCAGCUAGUAAUCAAUUAAACAACUUUAGUUAAUUUUUUAAUGUAAUGAAAGUGGCUUAAAGGGACAGUAAAGGAAAAAUGAAAGGUUUAAAGGGACAGUA